AGCUCUUCAUCCAACACAAGUCCUCGGGGACAACAGAGCUCACAAGCUUCUAGGACAAGAGCCAGUAAGAAAGCGGAAAGAAAACCCUUCGUGUCAACAUGACUUCCAGGCUGGCCGUGGCUCUCUUGGCAGCUUUCCUGCUUUCUGCAGCUCUGUGUGAAGAUGCAGUUGUGUCGAGAAUAGCUACAGAACUUCGAUGCCAGUGCAUAAACACCCACUCUGAAUAUUUCCACCCCAGAUAUAUCAAAGAAUUAAGAGUGAUUGAGAGUGGACCACACUGUGCAAAUUCAGAAAUCAUUGUAAAACUCAUCGGUGGAAAAGAGGUCUGCCUGGACCCCAAGGCAAAGUGGGUGCAGAAGGUUGUACAGAUAUUUUUGAAGAGAGCUGAGAAGAAAAGUCCAUGAAAAAAAGUGCAUUCUCCAUGGUUUCCAAGAAUUCCUCAGUAAAGAUGCCAAUGAAACUUCAAACAAACCUACUUCAGUGCUUCAUGGACUGUGUGGGUCUGGGGUAGAAUUGCCAGAUAAAAUACAGGAUGGCCAGUUAAAUUUGAAUAUUGAGUAAAACAACGAAUAGUUUUUUCAAUGCCCCAUGCAAUCUCUAGAACAGACUUAUAUUUGAAAAAUUGUUCAUUG